AUGGGCAACCUCGAGGUGCAAACACGGUUGAUUGAUCUGUUUCUCGCCGAGCUAGAGCAAUUGCAAAGUAAGGAUGAUCAUAUAAAUUUCAAUAAUACCAGCCAAUUCGACGCACUUCUCACCUUCCUUGAAAAUCUGCUCAAUGGGCACUUCACUCAAGUACCCUCUCAGAACGUCUUACACAUCCUCCUUACGUUGGCAUGUCGAUACCCUCGAUCAUCGUGGACACAUGAUCCUAUAAGCAAUGAAGAUGGUAUUGAGGUGAUUUCGCUGUAUAUGAAAGAAGUUAAUGACAAGUACAACCAUAGUCUUUCCAAGGACCUGCUACAAUUAAGGCCUGUGAGUCUAUUGAACAAGUACAUCGACUUGUUGCUGGAGAGCAAGUGGGACGAGUACAAGCAAGCAUUAUUGACAAACCUCCAAGCGGCGUUUAGACAUUUUUGCACCAUUCCCGUGAGGUUUGGUCGACCACGGUCCGCACAGAAUGAAGUCAACAAGCCUAAAAGCCCAGUGGCUGGGAUGAUCGAAAACCUUACUAGCGAAGAUGAAGCAAAUGAAGUUCUGAAUAUCACAGAUUCAGAUCUUCUGAAGUAUCAAAUGUUCAAUUUGCCAUCGACGAGUAUCACAUCUUUAUCUGAUAUCGGUAGUAAGACUACUGGAUUGGGAGAAGCGACCUCAUUAUUCCAAAAUAUGCCACAUUUGCUGGCGCAAGCUACUCCUGAGCCAGAAGCACCGGAGGAUGGUUCACCAGCUACGCCUAAACCAAAAAAACGAAAGUCUGCGAGAACUCCAAUUGAGAUCAUCAAGAUAUUCGAUGAUAACCUUAUUGCCAACAUGUUGUCCGAGCCCAAUAACUACUCCCUCUGGGACUUACUACGAUGGGCCCUCACUAUUUGUGAUGACUCAAGCAAGAACCAGCUGUUCUUAUUCGAUUCAUCCAGAAGUGCCUCGCAUGGAAUUUGGAAGACAUACUGUUCCUUCUUUUUUAUGGUGUUCCGCUUCUUGAAGCUUCAACAUGACUAUUCAGAAAGAAAUCAUAAGAUGUCAUUCUUGAAGAAUCUCCUUACUCAACUUGGUGCCAAGCAGGACUGGUAUCGUCGUUUAGUAAAUGUGGUCUUCACUGGGGUCGGUCUUCCAACACAGGAGAAGUCGUAUCCUUGUUACCUGCGAGAGAAAGCCUUAAUCAGGGGUGACGCAGCCAAAAGUGGACUCAACAGUAUUAAUACAUCUAUAUCAUACAAAGAUAAUGACAGGUCCAUGACAUUAAGAGCACAAAUUAUUGCAACCUAUUUAUAUCAGGAAAGUGAUAGAUUCCAAAAGCUUGAGCUUGUAAUGCAAAUAAGCAUGAAACUUGUUCAAUGUGAUCCAAAGCACAUACUUCAUUUCUUAAAUCGCCUUAAGGAUAAUUCUUUUGUUCCUGAGAAUGUUCUCGACAAAUUUAUUAUCAUGGUUGUCAAUAAAUUGAUUGUUACCAUCGCUGGAUCUGAGGAUAUCGCCUAUAAUCUCAUCGCAUAUCUGGACACCACUAGGGAAAGAAUAGAGAAAUUGAGAAGACUUUUUGAGUCAAAAGAACUUUAUGAGGCAAUUGUUCAGGAUUCCACAUACAAGAGUAUGAAAGAGUUUCAGAAGGCGUGGGACAUUUGUGUUGGCUUAUGUGCUGAAAUGAUAAGGUUUACUAUCGAUAAUGAAGUCAAGCAAGCUACUUUCUUGUCAGAUGAUCUUGUAUUCAAAGCAGAAUCUAUGCUCAAGACAUUUGAAGAAAGAUGUACGCGUUACUACAUUGAAUUUAUAGAAUCCAAAUCAUCAGAUUUGAUCGCUGAGGACGACGAUUUAAAUUUUAUUCUUGAGCCUGAAACAAUCGAGCUGCUUCGGGAACAGUAUUACAAAGAUAAUUUUCAUGACAGGUUGAUGAAUUGGGUGCAAAUGUUUAGACAUGGAGAAUAA